AUGUCACAACCCCAAGAAACUCAAGACGCCGCAGCCCGCAACCGCAUAACAACCCACAUGAACGCUGACCACCACGACUCCAUAAUCCGCUACCUUCAACACUACGCCCACCUCCCCCUCUGGACCGCCUCAAACUCCAAAAUGACCGACGUAGACCUCUCCUCCAUGACCUUCACCGCCGGUGGCAAAAUCCACCGUAUCCCUUUCACUCCACCCCUGAAAUCCUACCGCGAGACGCGGGAAAGGGUCGUGGAGAUGGAUCAGGAGUGUCUCGCCGCGCUUGGAAGGUCGGAUGUUACGGUUACGGAGUUCGUGCCGCCGAGGGGGAUGGACUUAGUCGUGUUUGUGGUGGUGGCGGCAACGCUCGUGGCUUAUGGUCAGCGGUGGUGGUUUGAGCAGGGAGGGGUAGUGGAAAAGGUGUUAGGGGCGGGGUUCGCGAAGUUUAGUUGGACGAUUCAGCCGUGGCUGAUCUGUGGGAUGGUGGUUAUCCAUGGGUCGGAGCUGGCGUACUUUGUGCCAAACUAUCUGGCGAAGCAUUCGGUGAAUCCGAGGACGGCGGUGUGGUGGCAGUGGGCGGGGACGACGUUUGUGGAAGGCGUGUUUUCGUUCUGGCGGUUUCAGGAGCUCGUAGAGCGGAAGCGGCAGGAGAAGAUGAAGCAGAAACAUUAA